AUGCAGAACCCGACGCUGUUGGUGGCGUGGACGGCGCACGAGGCCUGGAUCCGGGACCUCCUGUGGACCCCGUGCCAGCGCUACCUCUACACGGCCUCCUCGGACGGCCUGGUGUUCGCGUGGAGCGUGCCUAGGAGAAGUACCACCUCAAGGGGUACGGGAAGAGGAAGCCCCUGGCUGCUCCGGCCGCCGCCAAGUACAACGUCUGAUCGGCCUGCGGGCGUGCCGCGCACGCCGCGGAGCCCACGCCCUUCGCCUCCCCUGCCCGUCGUCGUUCCUGCUCCCUCCUUCGUCCCCUGA